CUUGCCCCGGCGACGCGCACCUGGCUAUCGUCUUUGCCCCGUCGACGUGCACCUCGUAGCUUCGACUCCCACUUCACAUCGCGUUCGGUGUCUGCUGACAAUCUCGCCCGUUGAAGGCGCACUUAAAGACAAAUACUCAUGACUAUGGCUUCGUGAUCGAUUGUUCAAACGUUCACCACUGGGUGGUUGGCUUGGAUGGGCUCGAGCAUAAAAGUGGGCAGGCGAGGGGCGUCCAUUCUGCAUCUUGUGACUUCAACACUUUUCUGUACUCGUCUCAAGAACUCGCAGAUACAUACGUAUCAGUUCUGGCUCAACUCAGUAACCCCAACAUGAUCGCCAAAGAUAUUGACACCACUCAAAUCGCCACCGAAUGGCUCGCCGGCCUCGACAAGGCCGCAUCAGUUGGAGACAUCGAGAAAUUCACACAGCAUUUCCUCGUAAACGGCUGGCUUCGAGACGUCCUUUGCUUUUCCUGGGACUUUUGCUCGCUCGAGUCCCGCGCCUCCAUCGCGUCCUAUCUCGCCGAGCCUCUCGCAGGCUCCACCCGUUUUGCCACCGUCGGACUUCAUGACCUCACGCUCGACACAUCCAGCACCCUCGGAGGGCCCUCUACGUUCCCCAUCCCCGGCGGAGACGGCGCUUUAGGGAUUCAGGGAGCAUUCCGCUUCUCUUUGCGCGAGCCGGACGCGCGUGGCAGGGGUUUCUUCCGCCUCGUGUCGUCACAGGAGGGAUACAAGGCGCUCGCCGUCUACACAUCGAUGCAUGAGCUCGUCGGUCACGAGGAGCCGACAGAGCGCCCUCGAGGUAUUCCUCUGGAUGCGAUGAAGAUGACGUCGUGGGAGGAUGCCAGAGAGAAGGAGGUCAAGGCGAUUGAGAGUGAUUCCACUGUGCUUAUCGUUGGCGGAGGCCAGUGCGGCUUAAUGGCCGCUGCGCGCUUCCGGCGCAAGGGAAUCCGUGCCUUAGUCAUUGAGAAGACACCCCGCGUCGGCGACGUAUGGCGCAACCGGUACCCAACGCUCUCACUGCAUCUCCCUGCACACUUUAGCUCCUUCCCGUACCAGCCGUAUCCCAAGAACUACCCCGAGUACAUCGGCCGCACGCAGCUCGCCAACUUUAUGGAAUCCUACGCAACCCAACAGGAGCUCACCAUCUGGACGUCGUCGACUGUGCAGUCCAACCCGCCCCCGACCUUUGAUUCCGAGACAAAGAGCUGGACGGUGGUGGUCAACCACGCGGGUGAAAAUGUCACGCUGAAGCCGAAACAUCUCGUCCUGGCUAUGGGCAGUGGUAUGCCUCGUAUCCCCAAGUUUCCGGGGCAAGAAAAGUUCAAGGGCAAGGUCUAUCACUCGGACUUCCACCCAGGCGCAAAGGAGUUUAAGGGAAAGAAGGCUGUUGUUAUUGGCGCUGCCAACGCCUCCUCUGAUAUGUGCCAAGACUUUGUCUCCAACGGUGCAGCAUCCGCAACGCUUGUGCAGCGCUCAGCGACGUGCCAUAUCUCACUCAAGACGUCCACCUCGCACGUCAAGGUCAACUACCCCGAGACGCGCGAUAUUGAGGACGCGGAUCUGGUUGGAGACUCGCUCCCUCCGCGCCUCGUCAUCCAGAUGAACGGGGAAAACCUUGAAGAGAUCAAGAAAUCGGACGCGGAGCUCCAGCAGGGGCUGCGAGACAAGGGAUUCAAUCUUACCUGGACGUAUAAGGGCGUCGAGGGGGGUAUGGUGGUGUUCUAUUAUGAGAAGUUUGCCGGUAGCUCCAUGCUCGACACCGGUAUUGGCGACCUCAUCGUCGGCGGCCACGUCAGUAUCAAGCAGGGCGUUGAGCCUACCCACUUCGAGGAGGACGCGGUCGUGUUUAACGACGGCUCGAAGCUUGAGGCGGAUGUUGUCGUGCUUUGCACCGGCAACCGGCCGAUGACGUCCAACAUCAAAGCGCUGAUGGGUCCCGAGGUUGCAGCGAAGAUUGGCGCCGUGUGGGGGCUUGAUGGCGCUGGGGAGCUGCGCAGGGUGUGGAGACCGACUGGCCAGCAGGGCCUGUGGAUUUUUGCUGGUGGGCUCAACCUCGCGCGGUACCACAGUAGGCAUCUUGCGCUUCAGAUCCAGGCGGAGCUGUUGGGCAUCAAGGAGCCGACGCCUGGAUAUCCUGUCGCUUGAAUUUAUAACAGCGGAUUGGUUAAACCUGCAGCAAAUUGGACCCAGCGUCAAUUGAAUGUUACAUCCAUGUAUACCAG